AAUGACAUUACUUUUUUUAUUACUCUAAAUGGACAUAACAUUCCGACAUGGAACAAUCAAUAUGCUUUCUUAUAAUUAUAUUUUUUGGAUGGACCAUUACAUCAUUUAUAUGUCAUUUCUAUGCUAAACUGUUUUUGGCUGAGUCUACCUUAGAAGCGACAAAAGUGUAUGGAAAUGUUCUUUAUUUAUCAGGAAUGCAGAUUUCUAUAAUACUUUUAUCAAUGUAUAGAGAGAAUAAAAGCAAAAGCCCGAGAAGCAAAGUUUUAAUUUUGACAAUGCAUGCAUGUGCGACCAUUGCUACAAAUUGGAGUAUCGCAAUAUCGCAUGCAGCAUCAACGUUUGCGAUAAAGCUUAUGGAACCUCUCACCGGUGCUAUAGCUCAAAAAUUAAUUAUUGGGGUGAGAUUAUCGUGUUUACAAUGUUUAAGUAUUCCUCUUGUCAUUAUUGGAGCUGUCAUUUUUGCUGACGAAUCGAACCAUACUACGAUCUCUAUAUCUUCAGGAAGUAUUUUGGCUUUUACCUCAAACAUCUUUCUGGCAUUUCGCAAUGUUUAUAUCAAACAGAAACACUUGUCAAAUACUAACAUUAUUCAAAGAGAUAACAGAUUGAUAUCUGACGUUUUUGGUAUUAGUGUGACAGGAAUAGUUUUCCUACUUAUUCUAACAAAAAACGAUAUUUCCUUGAAACAUUUUUGGUAUAUGUAUUUACUAGUUACAACGUCUGCAGUUUUUCAUACAACAUAUACUUACAUAUCUACGGUUUUAGUUCUCAAACAUUUUACCGUUGUUGGUCAUGCAUUUGGCAAUAUUCUUAAGAGGUUAAUUGUAAUAGCCUUACUGUACGUCGUAGGAUCUCGAAGUGCAACCGCUUGGAACUUUAUCGGACUCAUUAUCUGCACAGCUGGCUUAAUGCUGUAUGCUGGGUCAAAGGUAGACACAUCAAAGGAGAUUGUUUACAACACUGAAACUGCUUUUAGAUAUUCAGAUAUGGCUAAAUGGAAAAAUAUAAUCUUGCUAGUAUCAAUGGUUAUAACACUGUUAUUACUGAUAUCCCAAUUACAAACAUACAGACUACCAUGUAGUCACGUGUUAUUUUCAAGGGAAAACAAAGAGCGAACUGUGCACAACUUUAAUGAUGUUUCCAAAGAGCAAUCGUAUGAGUCAGAAAUCAAACCUUUAUCACUUUCCCAAAGUCUCAACUUUAGUCUUGAAGAGUUUUAUGCUACGGAUCUCACAACCUACCCUGAGCAGGCUAAUAAACUCUCUCCUCUUUUGACAAAACGAUCAGAUGUCAUUGCUGAAGCUCAGAGAAUUCAUAUGAACAUAUUUAGUACUCUUCUAAAGGGAUAUAAGUAUGCAAUGUUGUUUGAUUAUUCACCAUCAGAAAACAAAGGUGACGCUGCUAUUGUUGUAGGUGAAGCAACUCUGUUGCGAAGAUUAAAUAUAGAUGUUGUAUUUGCGUGUUCAACCGCACAUUGUGGCAAACAUUUAGAUUACGCAGAAAAAUUAAGUAAGAACUACAGCAGUACUGAACUUGUGAUUCUUUUGCACGGGGGUGGUAAUAUAAUAGGAUACCAUUACGAGGAUAAGAGGCGGUUUGAAGAAAUUCCACAUUUCAAAGCAUUCAAUAUAAUCAUGUUUCCACAGAGUAUUUUUCACCGAGGAGACACUGAACAUAUUGAGUUAUGUAAAAAAGUUUAUUCAUCCCACCCUAGUUUAACAUUCAUAUGGAGAGAUUCUGUAUCGUACAAAUUAGGUAAAAGAUUGUUCCCGAACGUUAGAUCUUUGCUUUCCCCUGAUAUUGUCUUCCAAUUAGGACCAGUGAAAAGAUUUAUGGAUCCGACUCAAGACAUACUAUGGAUAAAACGAACUGAUGCAGAAACGCCUGUUUACGAUGCGCCAAAAUCUGCGGGAAAGUACCGCAUGCAUGUAGCAGAUUGGAAACUGUGGUCAACACCAAAAGGUACUUCCCCAAUGGAAGACUCGUAUUUGAUGACAGCUAACGGUAUGAUGUUUCUCUCCAGAGGACGAGUUGUAGUAACAGAUCGUCUCCAUGGAUUUAUAUUGUGUACACUUUUGAAUAUCCCUCAUGUAUUUAUUGACAAUAAGCAGCAUAAGUUAUCAAAUUAUCAUAAUACAUGGACGCAUGGUCUCGAAAAUUUAAUAAUGGCUACUUCUAGUGCAGACGCUGUCGUUCAGGCACAAUAUCUUCUUAAAAAGCUCGAUAAAGAAUUGCCUAAAAUUACAGGAUAUUACAAAAAUACUGGUUAUUAAAAUGCACUAUUAUUCUAACAACAAGGUGGAAAUGGAAUGAAAGAACGGCAAAACAAACCAUAAAUGAAAAUAACACAUUAAUUUGGCAUCUUCAUGGUCGUUUAGAAUUACUAAUUGAAAUAAAAAUAGUAAAGAUGUUUAUUCGC